CAACACAUCCCGCCACCACAACAAACAUGUCCAUCACUACCACACAUCACCACAAACCCCGCAAAUAAGCCACAGCACCACCAUUGAGCCAGUACAUCAGUGUCUACAUGAAUUUUGCUCCUCAAUGACCUUGGAGAGAGUGAGAGGUUGGUGAGUGAUGUCAGAGAGUGAGGAUGGCAGCGGCAUCCUGGGUGGUGGCGCGGCGCUGGAGAUGAACAUGGUGGCGCUGCCCAAGAUGGACGGGGCGCCACUGGACCAACUGGGGCUGGGGGGGCCGGGGGCCGGCCUGGCCCCACUGGGUGGUGGGCCUCAGCACUACACACCAGCAUCUUCAGCCAGCCCCCAGGCACUGCUGGAGGGUGUGAUGGCGCCGGGCACACGAGCACUGGGUACGGUGAGCCCUGCAGUGACGUUCAGUGGGGCGGGGGGGGCGGGGGGUGAGCAGUAUGGCAGCCUGGAUUAUGUGGCCCAGAUGCCGCUGGCCGAGGCGCAGGCCAAGUUCCCCGAGGCGCUGGUCAGCGUGGACAAUGUGGCCUUUGUUGACAUGAAUGAUGCCGCCAUCAAGGGCGCCGCCGCCGCCGCUGCACCGCUGGAGCUGUACUUUGACGUGAUCAACCCUGCCACCACUGCACCCCCACCAGCCGCCCCAGCCCCCCCUGGCCACCAUGCCCGCCAUGAGCACCAGACCCCUAAGGCACAGCUGCUAGAGCGUGCCUAUACUGACCUGUUCCUGCAGCAGCAGCAGCAGCAGGAACAACAGGCAGCCCAGGAGCAACAGCAGCAGCAGCAGCAACAGCAGCAGGAGGAGGACAAUGAGCCGGAGCAGAUCCUGUCAGACGUGGGGCAGACUGGCCUGGCCCAGCUGGAGGCCGACACCCUGCCGCAGCCGCUGCAGGAAUACCGCAAGACUAUCAAGGUGGAGAAGAGGAGCCCUGCCCCCCCUCAUCCCCACCACCUGCACCACCACCACCACCACCACCACCAUCACCACCUGCAGCAGCAGCAACAGCAACAGCAACAGCAGCAGCAACAACAACAGCAACAACAGCAACAACAACAACAGCAGCAACAACAACAACAACAGCAACAGCAACAACAGCAACAGCAGCAGACACAGCGGCAGGUGCAACACUCACACAGACUGCAGCAACAGCAACAACAACAACAACAGCAGCAACAAGAGCAACAACAGCAGCAGCAGCAACAGAAAUCAUUCCAGUUCCAGCAGACACAGGUGCGGACCACUCAGGCCCUGCAGCAGGUGCAACAGCAGCAGCAACAACAGCAACAACAACAGCAGCAACAACAGCAGCAGCAGCAGCAGCAGCAGCUACCACAGCAGCAGCAGCAGAAGUCAUUCCAGCAGGGAGGGGUGAGCAAAGGCAGUGAGAGUGGUGGUGGUGGUGGAAGUGGAGGAGGUGGAGGUGGUGGCAGCAGCCCGGGGUGUGAGGCAGCGGCGGCAGCGGUGCAGCACCUGCCGCUGGUGUCCCGCAGUGGGCGGCCAAUCCGGCGACGGCCGGAAUAUGUGGAGUAUGUGAGCCAGAACCUGAAAGAGGAGGAAGAGGGUCCGGCGCCCCCUGCCCCGCCACCCCCACCGGUUCUGGAGCUGCCGGUGAAGGUGGAGGCCAUGGCUGGCAUGGAGUUUGAGGAGGAGGAGGUGCCGGAGGAGGAAGAGGAUCCCCUGGAGGAGGAUGGGGACUCAGGGGAGGAGGACCUGGAAGGAAGUGGGGGGCUGUGCUCCGGGGACGGCAAGAAGUCUCUGCCACACAAGAAGCGCAUUCCACGCAAGCUGAAGGCGGCACGGCGGCAGGCCCUGAAGAGCCACCGGUGCGGCCAGUGUGGCCAGCAGUUCUGCACGCAGCACCAGCUGGCUGCGCACCGCCUCACACACACCCCGGCCCCCGCCCGUCCCAAGCCCUUCCGCUGUGAGAUCUGUGGCCGCGGGCUGGACACACAGCUGAAGUUCUUUGAGCACCUGAAGGGCCACUAUGAGCCCCACAAGAAGCACCGGUGCGAGGUGUGCGGCGGGGAGUUUGAGAGUGCCGCUGCCCUGCAGGAACACGCCCUGGUGCACUCCAGGGAGCACUUCAAGUGUGAGCUAUGCAACAAGACCUUCCGCAAGGAGAGCAUGCUGGAGGUGCACCUCAAGGUGGCCCACGUAGAGGAGGAGGAGGCUGGCGGGGCGGCGGACAAGCCCUACUCCUGCCUGGUGUGUCCCAAGAGUUACCGCACACAGAUGGCGCUGGACUCCCACGUCCAGGCCGAGCACUUUGAGAACCCCCCGGAGUUCAACUGUGAGGACUGCUACCGGGUGUUCAAGUCCAAGACCAAGCUGCUCACCCACCGCAAGGCAGAGCACAAGGAGGAGGCGCCCCAGGCCAAGGGCGCCCCCAGAAAAAAGGUGAAGGUGGGCAAGAGUGUCAAGGGAGGCUACGCCUGCACCAUGUGCACCAGAGUCUUCACACACAAGAACUCCCUCGUGUACCACAUCAGGGGACACACCGGAGAGCGUCCGCACCAGUGUGAGCAGUGUGGCAAGUCGUUUUACGCAGCCAGCGCCCUUAAGGUGCACCUCAGGCUGCACAGCGGGGAGAAGCCCUACAAGUGCCAGAAGUGUGAAAAGUACUUCAGACAGUGGGGUGACUUGCGCUACCACACCGACUCUGUGCACUCUGAGAAAAGACAGUACCAGUGUGAGUUCUGCGGCAAGGACUUCAAGCGCAAGUACUGUUUGGUUGUCCACCGCCGCAUCCACACGGGAGAGAAGAAUUACAAGUGUGAAUUUUGCGGCAAGGCGUUCCGAGCUGCCUCUUACCUCCAGAACCACAAACGCAUACACACUGGGGAGCGUCCACACCCGUGUCCAGACUGUGGCAAGCCAUUCCGAGUGCGUUCCGACAUGAAGCGCCACAGACAGACACACAUGAGGGACGGCUCCUCCACCAGCACCACCAUCACCGCACCACCGCCACACACCACCACACAGGCCGCCACACCCCAAUCACCCUCACCCACAGUCACUGCACAGCUCGUCUCCAGCACCAUCAGCAGCCAGCCACAGCUAAUCCUGCCAGACCAGGUCGCUGUACCAGGCAACACCGAACAGCCAAUCAGAAUAAUGGUCUCAGGUCUCAACGCACAGCACAUGGCAGCCGCUGUACACCCACCGCCCGCACACCGCCAGUCCCAGCACGUGGCAGUCCCAGUAUCCGGGAGCAUUGCCACCCUGACCACAGCGCCGGUGUCCCCAGGCGGCACCACCACGCUGAGCCCCGAGGUGAUCAUCAUGGACGACACCACACACCAACCCAUCAACCUCAACAUCAUCCCUCGCAUGAUUGCCACGGACCAGGUUGCCUCGUCCCCACACAGCAGCCACGCGCUAGUCACCGAGGAGGAGGUGGGGGAGUACCAGCUUGCCAAUUCAGGCCGCAGCACUCUGGAGGUUCGUGGAGAGGAGGGCAGUGUGUAUGUGUGGCAUGGAGUCUUCACUAACUGAGAUGCAAGGUGGUGUUGACAUCCUGGCAAGGCUGACCUGACCAGUGGGAGUCACCUCAGGCCCAAAAAACCUUCCAGAACCUUCCGGAACCUUGUAGAACCCUCCGGAACCUUCCAAGUCUACUGUAUGUGGCUCUUCUCUGGUACCUUGGUUCUGUUUGGCUUGGUUUGUCUGUCUGUCUGAGUGUCUGAGAGAGAGAGAGUAUUAUAAGUGUUUGAAAGUUUUAUUUUUACGUUUGUCGUCUGAAAAUAUAAAAAAAAAUGCGCUAGAAAUUAUUUAAGUAAGCUUUUUGUACAAUUCUUUUGAGCGUGUUUGAGUUUUUUUCAUGUUUGUUUGGGGAUGUUCAUUUCAUUUUCCUUUUUAUUUUAUUUAAUCAUUUUAUUAUAUUUAUUUGUUUAUUAUUAGUGGGUUUUUUUACAGCUGAUUAUAUAUUUUUUAGUUUUUCUUUAUUUUCUUAAUUUUUCUUAAGUUUCUUCUGGUUUUUUUGUUUCCUCUCUUAUUUUUUUCUCUUGUUUUAGUCCUUUUUCUUUUCUCUUAGCUUCUUUUCUUCAUUAUUAAUUUUUCUACCUUUCUUCAUUUCCUCUUCCUUAUUUUGUCAUCUUUCUCAGCUCCUUUUCAUUAUGCUUUAUUUUGACAUUUAUACUGGUGAAAAACAAAACAAAACAGCUUUAUAUGAGAGAUUAACCAUUCUGUCACUUCACACUCAUCAACUCAAUUUAAAAACACAUAGAUCCAUUUAGAAGGCUAUUUAUUUAUUUAGACCGCUAUUUAUUGUGUCAUCUUGAACUUUUGACCUUGAAAACACAGUAAAAUUGACCUCAACACUGGAAAAUAGACUGCAGCAGGAGAUUAGGUCAGGUUAGGUUAGGUUAGGUAAGGUUAAGUUAUGCUGGGUUGAGUUGGGUAAAGCUGGGUUAAAGUUAGGUCAGGCUGGAUAAGUCAAGUAAGAUUUGGUUAGGUUAGGUUAGGUUGGGUUGGGUUGGGUUGGGUUGGGUUGGGUUAGGGAAAGGUUAGAUCAAGUCAGGGGUUAUAAUGUUUGUUUCCUGCCAACUUACAAGCCAUGAAAACACUGGAAUAUUGACAAAGGAUUGACUGGUCAUAGAGGUUAGGUUGGGUUAGGUUGGAUUGGGUUUGGGUAAGUGUUAUGGCCUCUUUGUGCCAUUAUUAUUCAGUUUAUUAAGGGUAAAAUAGGAAGGUUUUUUGGUGUGUCUAUAUACCAGGGUGACACACACACAUACACACACACGGCAAAUACUACUAUUACUUGUACUAAUUAUCGAUCUGUCUGUCUAUCUACUUAUCUAUAUAUCUAUCUAUCUAUCUAUCUAUACCAGACUAGCAAUUCCAUACAAGGCAGCCCAAACAACAACAACACACACCCACACCCACACCCACACCCCACACCUACACCCACACCCACCCACCCAC